UAUUCUUCGUGGAGUGAUUCUCAACACUUUACAUCGCUUAUCACCGUGUCGUUUGACGUCCCUCAAUAAAGCUUUGAAAUCUUUGCAAACACCUUGGAAUCUUGGUCCACAUGCAAAUAUCAGUCUAGCUUCUGCCAAUGGAUCCAACGGCAGCCUCCACGAUCGCCAGCGGCGCGGUAGUGACCACUGCUGGUCAGCUCGCGUUGCGGUUCACUCUGCUGGACUAUGGUAUUUUCAUUGUGUUGUUGGCUAUUUCCGUUGUGAUCGGAGUGUACUUUGGAUUCUACUCGAAAAUCAAGCAGAACAAUGUGGAAGAGUACCUGUUGGGCGGGAAGUCGAUGCCGAAAUUUCCGGUGGCCGCUUCGCUGAUAGCAACCUCAGUAUCAGGAAUAACGUUCCUGGGUAUACCAGCGGAGAUUUACAGCUAUGGAACGCAAAUAUGGCUGUUCUUACUAUCAGCAGUUGUUCUCGGCAUAGUCAUGCAUUAUGUGUAUCUCCCAGUUUUCCAUGAUAUGCAGUUGACAUCCUGUUUUUCCUAUCUGGAGCUUCGAUUCGAUCGGAUCGUACGUCUCACGGCCAGUUUCGUGUAUGCUCUGUCGACGUUGUUCUUCAUCCCGGUGGUCAUCUACGUGCCAGCGUUGGCAUUCAGUCAGGUUUCCGGCGUGAACUUGCACCUCAUUACACCGAUCCUGUGCAUAAUCUGUAUAUUCUACACCACGGUGGGCGGGCUGCGAGCAGUCGUAUGGGCCGACACUAUCCAGUUCCUGUUGAUGCUGGUGGCAAUUUUUUCUAUCAUUGGUCUGGGCCUCAGUGACAUUGGAGGAGUGUCCGAAGUAUGGACCCGAGCGCAACACGGAGGUCGGUUGGAUUUCUUUAACUUCAACCCAGAUCCAACACUGAGAACGUCAUUUUGGACUGUCACUCUAGGAUUAACUACAAAUUGGAUCGUCAUUUUCGGAAUAAACCAAGCGUGCAUUCAGCGAUUCCUGGCCGUUCCUACACGAAAAGCUGCGAAAAAUUCUCUGAAUAUCUACAUUAUCGGAUUGAUGAUAAUCAACUCUUUGGCGUGCUUCAUCGGUUUGCUAGUAUACGCGAAAUAUGAGAGUUGCGAUCCUGUUUCAACGCAUCAAGUUAAGAAACUAGACCAAAUUGUCCCGUUCUAUGUAAUGGAUGCCGGAGGCAGGAUACCUGGAUUACCGGGACUCUUCAUUGCCGGUGUAUUCUCAGCUGCCCUGUCCACGAUGUCAUCCGGACUUAACACACUAGCGGGAACGAUCUACGAGGACUUCAUACGACCGUGCCGUCCUCACGCUUCAGAGCAAUCAUCUAGCACAGCGAUGAAAGUGAUCGUCGUUUUGUUGGGAGUGAUCGUUAUCAUCCUGGUCUUCGUGGUAGAAAAGUUAGGCUCCAUCAUUCAAAUGGCCAUCUCAUGCACUGGAGUCAUUUCGGGAUCGAUACUGGGAAUGUUCACCAUCGGAAUGGUUUCAACAAAAGCAAACACGAAAGGAGUCGUUUCCGGUGUAGUGGCUUCCAUCAGCAGCAUGAUCACACUGUGGAUAACGUCAUUGGGGAAGUUGAACUAUCCAUUCUUACCGUUUAGAAGUGAUGGCUGUGAUGAAGAUAUCUUCACGUCAACCAUGAAUCAAACGACCAACGUCAACCCACCAACAUCCGAAGAGCAGCUCCCAUUUAUAUUCAGAAUUAGCUUCAUGUACUACGCGUUGAUUGGGGUAUUGAUUUUCACGACCGUGGCUUAUCCCGUAAGCUUGUUCACUGGCGGUGGAAAGGUAGUAGACCAAAGGCUACUAACUCCGUUUGCUAGAAGCAAAAGCAAGUCGAAAAUCAGCGUUGAACUGCAUGUGAAAAAAGCUACGGAUCAGCUGUUGAAUGGCGAGACGAAAGAUAAGGUCUGAUAACGAAAAGGUGGUAAUUAAAUUGUAAUAAAAUGUGUUAUUUAAAAUGAA